AUGUCCGCUGCGGCCAAAAAGCCCGUUCCCUCGGCCUCAGCACGAGCGUCCCCGACAGACAGUACCAACACCGCCUCCCCGUCGAGACCUCCGAACCGGACAUCCACGCCGACGUCGACCGCUAAUGGGACCACCAACGGAACUCCCGCGAGGACGCGGUCUAUCCGAGCCGGUACACCCGUGUCGGCGCGAGCCGCUGCCUCCCACAGGGCGUCCUCGUCCCUGAGCAUUUCCCAGCACGCCGAUGCCGACGCACGCGCCGAAGCUGUUGCACUGAUUGACGACCUGAAAGAACGGCUACAAAAGGCGGAUACCACGUCAGAGCAAUACAGAAAACAGGCGGAUGUCUUACAAUCGAGGCUAGACGAGGCGCUGAAAGAACAAGCGAAAAUGGAAGAAAGAGUACAUGAAAGCGAAGAGCAGAUUGAGACACUCCGGAAUGAGAAGAGGGAGGCCGCGAGGCAAAUGCGCGAGAUGGAGGCCAUCUACGAGGCCGAGAGGAGCUCGAUGAUGAAGGAGAAGGAAGAUAUGUCCAAUCGAGAGGAGGAAAUGCAGGCUGUCAUUAACCGUCUUAAGGACAGUUUGAAUCAGCGCAACGCAGAGGACGAAUACCGGCCGACAAGGCAAUCGAACAACUCGUCUCCAAACGUCGACAGUGGCAACUUCGCCCCGCCGUCUUCGGUACAACGAAGCGACUCCAGAAACAACUCGAAAUUGUUGCUUGGCAAGGACAAGCUCAUCGAGUCCCUGCGUCUUGAGCUGGCUGAGGCGCAAAUCAAGCUUGUCGAGUCCGAGAACCAAGGCGGAGGACGCCUACACGAAGUUGAACGUCUCCUCAUGGAAGCCCGCAUGGCUAACGCACGGUUGAUGGAAGAUAACGAAUCGUAUCAACUGCUCCUUCAGGAGAAGACGCUUCAUGGGGACUUUGGCAAGGGCGACUUCAGUUACAUGGGCGCUUCCGCAAACGAGGAUGCUCUCAACGCACUAGAAGGCCGGGACAAGACCCGGGACAGCACCGGUGGCGACCCACCCACCCCUGGAGCGAGCUUGGCCGACGAGUUGGGCGCUGUCGGUGGCGACGACUCUACCGAGUCUGGGGACGACCUGACGCGCCGCUUGGAGGGCGAAGUCCGGGCUAUGAAGGACCAGAACAAGGCGUUGACCCUAUACAUCAACAAGAUCAUCGAACGCCUCCUACAGCACCAAGACUUCGAGCACAUACUCGACCAAUCCGCCGACUUCAAGCCCAGUGCCAACCUGCAGAAGGAUCUGCCGCCGCCGCCGUCAGACGCGCCAAAUGUCGGGGCCUCGCUACUCCAGCGCGCCAAGUCGAUCGCCAUCGGCAACAACGGCGGCGCCCGGCCCAAGCAGCGACCCCUGACGAUGAUGCCGCCGCCGCUGGAGUCGCAGCCCUCGGCGCACAGCAACCCGGAGACGGCGCCGAGCAUCCCAAUCGGGCACGGACGGUCGCAGAGCGCGAGGCGCGGCGCUCGACCCUUGAGCGAGCAGUACACAAACGGCAGCGCGGCCGGCAUCGUCAACGCCAUGUACAAGGGGCCCGACGGCCCUCUCUCGCCCGCGCUCAGCAACCCGCGCAACUCGCAAGGCUUCUUCCGCACGCCGUCGGGCGCUGGCGCCCCUAGCGCGGGCAACUUCCCGGGCAUGCGCAGCGAGACCAGCAGCGUGAGCGGCGACUCGGCGUCAGUGGGCGACGGCACAUCGACCAGCCAGAGCCCGCCCCGCGCUGGCAGCGGCCACGGCGGCGAGAAGAGCACCAAGUUCGAGGGUAACAAGCCACGUCCGCUACGCCUCGUGCAGGAGAACAGCGACAAGACCGAGAACAAGCGCGCCAGCUGGAUCGGCUGGGCGUCGCAGGCGUGGACCAAGAAGGAGGACGGGAGCGCGAACGAACCCAUCCGGGAAUAG